GGCGUGAGGUGCGCAGACAGCAUAAGAGGAGGGUGCGCAGUAGCGUCCCAGUCCCACAGUGACACGCAGCCCGCACGAGUACUAGCUCCACACCGCCAUACAAACUCCCGUUUAUGAAGUGAAUUCCGAACGAGACAGCUGGUAAAUAAGGCGUCAGACGAGCUUGGCGCGCAUUUCAACACUUGGUUACGAUGUCAAAAAAGGACGCCAUGGUAGGCACUCGCGUGUAUGUUGGUGGACUCAGCUACCGUGUUGGGGAGAGGGAUCUUGACAGAUUCUUCAGAUCAUAUGGCAGAUUAAGGGACAUUGUUAUCAAGAAUGGCUUUGGUUUUGUGGAAUUUGACGAUGACCGUGAUGCAGAUGAUGCUGUCUACGAGAUGAAUGGAAAAGAGCUUCUUGGUGGAAGAGUAACAGUGGAGAAGGCACGUGCUGCUCCACGGAUGCGCUGGCCUCGGGCACCACCACCAAGAGGAUUUCAUUCCAGUCGAUUUGGCAUGGCUGCCCGAACAGAUUACCGUCUAACUGUUGAGAACCUCUCUAGUAGAGUGUCCUGGCAGGAUCUCAAAGAUUUUAUGCGCCAAGCUGGUGAGGUCACGUACGCAGAUGCACACAAAUACCGAAGAAAUGAAGGUGUGGUGGAAUUUGCUACCUAUGCAGACAUGAAGAAUGCCCUUCACAGAUUAGAUGGCAAGGAACUACAUGGAAGACGUAUUCAUCUUGUAGAUGAAUCGAAAUCGAGGAGUUCUAGACGAUCACGUAGAUCCAGGUCAAGAUCAUCCUCACGAUCGAGAUCUCGUUCACGAUCACGUACUCGUUCCAGCAGGUCGCGCUCCCACUCCCGUUCUCACAGCCGCUCUCGUUCAAGGAGUGGUGGCCACAGCAAGAAACGCCGCUCAAAGUCCAAGUCACGUUCAAAGUCUGGCUCUCGCUCAAGAUCAAGGUCAGGCUCAGAGAGGUCCAAGUCAAGAUCAAGAUCCAGGUCACGCUCCAGGUCUCGUUCCCAUAGCCCUACCCCAGAGAAGAGAAAAUCACGUAGUCGCUCAAAAUCUGCAGCAGCAGAGACCGAUUCCGAAGAAGAAAAGUAGAUCAGAGUCUUACUCUGGUUGUGGAUUAUGUAUCUGCUCUCAGUACAAUUGGAUGAUCAUCUCUCAGAUUAAAAUGAUGUAUAUUUCCCAGCAUUUUUAAAGUCCUUGGCUACACAGGAAUUAUAUAUUUUUAAUGUUAAAUACAUUAUAAGAUUGACAUUUGAAAGAUUUUCCUCCUAGGCAUCGAAGAACGAACCAGUCAUUAUUGCUGUUAUCUUGGCAGUGAGAUUGAUUUUCAGUCCGUAUAAAGCAAAACCUCUAAUCUGCAAUGUUCAGUAUACUUGUUGUUCCCCAGGGAGCCUGUUAUUAUAGAAUAUGAAAGUAAUGAACAUGCACACACAAGCUAAUGUAAAAUAGUUCGCAUCAUAUUAGAGCACAUUAGUACAGCUGCUUUUUCUACACCCCAUUGAAACUGGGUUGAGAUUUGUGUGAAUUCUUAAAAAUUACACCCACUGUGUAAUUUAUUAAGGAUGUAGUUUAGGAAGGUUUUGUUGUUUUUUCUCAAACUCAAGGAAUUUUAAUUUCUUGCAUAUUUCUUUCAUUUGCCAAGAUAAAUAAAUUGACAAAUUGAAGUUCGGAGCAAGCUAAUCGUUGUUGUGCCGAAGGAAUUAUUGAAGAUCCAUAGCGUCGGUUAUUUUCUUUAAAUUUACCUAACCUGAAUCUUCAGAACCUAAGCAACCCACCUAACCUAUCAAGACCAAGGCUUAAAAAGUGUUACUAUUACGUUACUUUAAUUUUUACUAAUGCCUCUCUUUUUUUAACAGAUCAAUUCUGUUAAAACUGCUAUGUACAGUAGUAUUAGGUGAGAGGAUGGGGUGGUUAAGAUGGAUUAAUGAAACCAACUUAAAGAAAAUGCCAAACAAUUCACUGUAGUAUAGAUGUGGAAUAGUGCAUCUGUCUAUCAUGGAAAUUAUAGAAUAAUUUGCCCCCAUAAAUUUACUAAUAAUUUAAUUCGCUACAAGUGGAGAGUUUGUCAAAUGCAUAACGCAAAGCUUUUUAGACAUCAUGGGAUUGUGCCGUCCAUGAAGUCUCGUGUGUUAUUAAAUAUCUUGAUAAUUGGCCAUAAUUAUGAAAUCUGAGCAAGUCAUUGUUAGUCCCGGGAGGAAAAACUUCAUAUCUGUUUAAAUACAUUUUGUAACUAAUUUUUGUUUACUGAAGGCAUUUCAUAGUGGUUACUACUGACGUAGCCGAGGUAUGUCUUAACCUUUAUGGUGCUGGAAGGAUAUUGAGGAUAAUAUAUAUACCUGUAUACCAAUUUCUGUUAUGUAUACAGUAGGGCAUUCGAGAUACCGAUUGUAUAAUAUUAAUGCAAUUAAAUUUUGCAGGAUAAUAAGGGGUACCUUAUUUAAUUCAUGCAAUACUAUCCCAGUGUUUAAAAAAAAAUGAAAAUUGUUAGUUUUGCAUGGUUUUCACACAAUCAUAAAUGGUAAUUUAAAUUAUUUAUUUUAAUCUAAUAAUGUUAAUUUGAAGUCGUCAAUGGUUUAGGCAUUUGAGACUUAUUGAUGGCCAUUACAGUUCCUACAGUAUCCUUUCUGCAACUUUUUUGGUGUUCCAGAUGUUGAUGUGGAAGAGCAUUGGGUGUUACAUAUUGAAUUAUUCUUGGUAUGUAUAUGUAUGUAAGAAUCAUUUGAAUGGGAAUGUGUGUGGAAUACUUCUAAGUGGUUUUAUGUACAUGCAGCUGUCCUAAUAUAGAUCAUUUAUAUAAAACCUUUACACACAGAAUAGCGUCGAUGCAUCACAAUAGCGUCGAUGCAUCAAAUGAACACAUCCACUACCCUCGUCACGGCCCUUGUGGAUUUGUUCAUAAAACCUUUAUAUAAAGACAAUGUUUAAAUUUGUUUUUUAUAUUACAAGCAAUAUGGCCAUUCAUAAUGAUUACAGUACAGUUUAACAGAAAAUAGUCAUACAAUUGGAUUGAACCUGCAUCUUGAGUCCUCGGGCUUGUGUACAAUCAACUGUACCAGAGGAACCUGUGCAAUUUCAAUAUUUUCUUAAGAUAUAUUGAAUUCUAUUAUUUUUUUUUUUUUGUUUGGUAUGAAUGCUUUAGAAUGUAAGUGUACUCUAUUUAUGUAUGAAAAGAACCAAGUUUAUUCUUAGUUUGGUGUAAUGAAGUGCCAGAAAUUGAAAUAGGCUCUAAUGAAAAAUUUAUAAUACUGUAUUGCAAUAAAUAAAUAAAUUAUGGAUAUGGAUGAUAGAGAAAAUUUUAUGUAAAUAAUUAAAGACUUUUUGGAUGCCAGAAUAAACAUUGUGUACAA